GCGUUGGGUAGCGUAUCGUCUUCGGUCUUCCCCAUCUGGCCAAGGCAGAACAAAUAUACAGUCUCAGCUCUUCUUCUUCUACUUCUUCUUCUUCUUAUAUGGUCCGACCGACGAAACCAUUGUUUCGAUCCCUUCUGCAUCUGUACGGAUCUAUCUGCAUUUCGCCAUUGUUAUCUCAGCUCGUAAGCGAUCCCCCCUGCGAAGUUUAGUUCGUGCAGUGGCUCCUCAGAAACAGAAGAGCCAUUGCAGAUCGCUGUUGGAAGCUCAGAGUCGACGAAUUUUACGACGGCGAGAUGUCGGCGGUUGCAGUUCAUCAGUUCGCUCAGUGCAUCACCUGCCACGCUUGGAGUCCCGAUCACUCCAUGAUUGCUUUGUGCCCCAACAAUAGUGAAGUUCAUAUCUAUAGAAUGUCCGAGGACAAAUGGGAGAGAGUCCAUGUUCUUCAAAAGCAUGACCAAAUUGUAUCCGGAAUAGAUUGGAGUUCUACAUCAAACAAAAUCGUGACAGUAUCCCAUGACAGGAAUUCGUAUGUUUGGAAUCUUGAAGGUUCAGAUUGGGUACCUACCCUUGUCAUCCUUAGGCUGAACCGCGCAGCACUUUGUGCCCAAUGGAGUCCUCAAGAAAACAAAUUUGCUGUUGGUAGUGGAGCAAAGACUGUCUGUAUAUGCUACUAUGAGCAAGAGAAUAAUUGGUGGGUCAGCAAACUCGUCAGGAAACGGCAUAAUUCUUCUGUAACAAGUGUUGCUUGGCAUCCAAACAAUAUUCUCCUUGCAACAACAUCUACAGAUGGGAAAUGUCGAGUGUUUUCCACUUUUAUCAAAGGUGUUGAUACAAGGGAUUCAAAAACAAGUUCUUCUUCGGACACAAAAUUUGGAGAGCAAAUUCUUCAGCUUGACCUUUCGUAUUCAUGGGCAUUUGGAGUGAAGUGGUCACCGAGUGGCAAUACGUUAGCUUAUGUAGGUCAUAACUCUAUGAUAUAUUUUGUUGAUGACGUUGGUCCUUCACCUUUGGCACAAAAUGUUGCAUUCCGUGAUUUGCCUCUCCGUGAUGUCUUGUUUGUCUCAGAGAAAGUUGUUAUAGGUGUGGGAUUUGACUGCAUCCCAAUGGUAUUUGCAGCGGAUGAGAGUGGCAUAUGGAGCUUUGUCAGAUUCAUUGGGGAGACAAAGACACCAUCAUCUGCUCCAAAGUAUGGUUCACAGUUUUCUGAAGCUUUUGGGAAAUUCUAUAGCCAGUCUAAGUAUGGAGUGAACAAUGAUGGAACAGAAAAUUCGAGACAGCGAGGGGGCAUUCACCAGAACUGCAUUAACUGCAUCCUGCCGUUAAAGGAGCCAGGAGUUUCGAUGGUGAGACGCUUCAGCACUUCAGGGCUUGAUGGUAAAGUGGUGAUAUGGGAUCUAGAGAACCAAGACGACCUCUUCCAGUGAUCAUAGAGAUUGCCGUCACUGUCACAAAUUACUUCGUAGAGAUAGAUUUGGUUGAUACUCGGUGUUAUAAAGUUGAUCAUUUUCUUGGAGUCUGUAUAUUAAUUUGGUUUCAAUGAAUGCCGAUAACAUGUACUGCCGUGUUCAAGAUGUUUGUUUUAUAGCUCGCCAGUUAGAAGCGCAUUCUACUA